AUGCGGGGCCGUCAGGACCCACUGUCCCUACAGCAUAAUGAACGUGAUAUGAUGGGCGCAACCGACAUGCCCCAGUGGGGGCUGAAGCGCCAAUCAAUCUUAGCUCUCGCGGUGACCGCGUGCGCAGCCCCCCUUGCUGCCGAGUCCGAGUCCAGUAAUGAGACAGAUCGGAAGUUGGCUGCACAAGAAGAGCAAUGGGAUGAUCAUUGA